GUCUGUAGUUGCCUCGUCUGUUUCUAGGUUGUUGGCGUCGAGUUCGACUUUUUUUUCCUCUUCUAGUACGACUGGGCAAGACGCUGAAAUGCCGGCGGAACGAGGAACCGCCUCCAAAGGAGCACCAUCUACGAUGAAAAGACUACCUGCAGCUGCGAGACUUCUUGCUACUUCCUCCACGUCGCUUUCUACACAGAUUGUAGAGCCUACAGAAAAUCAGUCCAACGCGUCCUCAUCGUCCACAUUUACGAACGAACCUUCUGGUUGGCGCCCCAGUGGGUACGUACAACAGAUGCGAUCGCACAGUGCAUUAUCUAACGAGUUACUUGAGAAAUCUUCGUUGGCAACCUCGCUUUCUCGUGGGUUCGUAGCCGUGCUUGGUUCGCAAUUGGCAGACGAAGACGAAACUUCUUAAAAGUCGAUAAACGUACUUGUAGUUGUACAGAACUUUUUGUAAAGCUGGAGGAAAGUAUAAUGAAGUGAGACUAAAGUUAUUGCAUGGUGUAAGUGAGGAUAUAAAAUAACAUAGAGAACAAUAAAGUAAAGAUAGGAGACUAGUCAACUGGUCAAGCAAUGUGAAAAUUAAUCCUUUGCUUGUUUUGUGCGGUUUCGAACCGAAAGUAGAUUUAGUGACUAAAGAUGUCAUGUAGUUUCAAUAUUGCAGUUUCAAUAUUGCAGAACUAGGCCUGAUGAUGCAACAAGAGUCCCUCAUAAGUCUGAUAUGCGACGGCAAUCAUCACAAAUGACAACACCGACAGAAGCGCAUGAAUACUUGCAUGUAUAGCUAUAGGCCACUCAAGGGUAAUUAUCAGUCUGUCAUCUAGUACUAUAUAAAGUCUCAGAAGUUCUUGUUGAAGUUGACAUGAAAUGUCUUUGCCUCUGUGAGGAUCAGAGUGAUUUCCUGCUGAAAAGACACGAAAAUAAAAUGAAAUAUGAGCAGUUGCAAUUCAAGUAUCUCUACACUCCCGCGUGAUGACUUUGGACGGAG